UGCUCGCGGCAACGAAUAUUCCAUGGGAAUUGGAUAUGGCGAUUAGGAGGCGAUUUGAAAAGAGAAUAUACAUACCACUUCCAGAUAAACACGCAAGAGCAAAAUUAUUUGAAUUAAAUGUUGGAAAUACGGAAUGUAAUUUUUAUAUGGAAGAUGAACAAGGAAAUAAAGUUCGUUAUGACAAAGAUCAAGUGUUUCUAACAUUAAGUGAAAAAACAGAAGGGCAUACCAAUGAGAAAAAAGAAUAUUUAGUUCCAUGUUCGCCUGGAGCACCUGGAGCCAUAGAAAUGACAUGGAAAGACGUUAAGUCUGAACAGUUACAGGAGCCGGAUUUAACUUUAGAAGAUUUAAACAAAGCAGCACUUUUUGUUAAACCGACUGUAAACUCUGAAGAUCUUGGCAAAUAUAUCAAGUUCACUGAAGAUUUUGGUCAAGAUGGCUAA